AUGCUGCGCGUGGCGGCAAGGUUUCAGAACUGUAUAGAGAAGAAGAAUAUGGGUAUUAGUCAGAAGCUCGAGGCAAAAAAUGGUGAUAAUGGUUGGAGUGGUAGGUGCCCUGAUGCGGCUCUGGAGGCAGGAAUUGGGGAUAUGAUAGAGGAAGGGACAGGGGUACUAGUCAGGAUUCGAGGCAAGAAGUGGAGACAGCAGUAA